AUGAAGUGCGGCACUUCAUUGAGAGCGACUGCAAAACGCAGUAGAACAAUGUCGGUGGUCAUUUUGCCAAAAAAUGCCGGAUUCCGUAAAGACGUGAUCACAUCGAUAACCGAAGAGUUGAGCCAGGGAAUUUACGCGCCGAUGACAGCCACAGGCCAUUUGAUUGUCAACAAUGUCUACGCGUCAUGCCACAAUAUUGUCAGGUCAACUACACUCGUACAUACGUUCCUCUACUAUCUGAAAUCAGUGGAGAAUCGUAUCAGGCAUUUUCUAAAAAACUGGUGGCCACACAGUAAUCCGGUGUCCGUUUGUGAUUUAUCCAACGAAACGGAUAUCAAAUCUGACGAGAGAACAGACCACUCACCCGAAUAUGAUCUACCUUUCGGAUCACGUCUUUUACUAGAUCUACUCGAUUAUUUUGUUGUGAUAUCGUGA